AUGGUACACACCAAUAUUACUUCUGAGUUGGGUAUUAAUACAACACACCCUUAUACUAUCGAUAAUCUUCCAACAAAACAUAUCGAAUGCAUUAAUAACAUUAUUCUUAAAAUGGGAAGACUAGAUACUGAAAUGGAAAUUCAGACGCUUAGCACUCCUCGGGUUCCUCUUCAUGAAUCAAUAAUUGCGGACAUUAUGGACAUCAUUAAUUACAACCAUAGAAAGCUCUUUGAAAUUUCUAAAAAAUUCUCAAGUUAUUUUGCUGUUUCAACUAUAGUCGCUGUUAUUUAUUUCGCAGCAUCAAUGAUUAUAGAAUUACGCUACUUUAUUUUAGUAUUAAUAGAAUUAUCACACGAUUUCUUACACAGAAAUUUUGAAUUCACCGCUCAUCAAAUCAUUGAUCUAGAUGGAUCUCUUUUGCACUCCGUUAAGUAA